AGGGCCGGACUAUGUAUCCUUGAUGCUCAACCUGUUCGUCUUGCAGCUGAAGUCUGUCGCUCUUCUCUGGCUCACAGAGCUCAUCCAUACUAAAAUGUCGGACACAGAAGAAGUCAUGGAGGAGGAAGUGCAGGAGGAAGAAGCACAAGAUGAGUCAAAGCCCAAGCCUAAGUUCAUGACAAAUAUAGCCGCCCCAAAGAUCCCUGAUGGCGAUAAAGUGGACUUUGAUGACAUCCACAGAAAGCGUCAGGAGAAGGAUCUGUCUGAGCUGCAGUCUCUGAUCGAAGCUCACUUCAUCCAGAGGAAGAAGGAGGAAGAGGAGCUCAUCGCCCUCGUAAACAGAAUUGAGAAACGCAGAGCCGAGAGAGCGGAGCAGCAAAGGGUUCGGACAGAGAGAGAGAAGGAGAGGCAGGCCAGACUUGCGGAUGAAAAGGAGCGGAAGGAGAUGGAGGAGCAGCGUAAGAAGUACGAUGACGAUGCCAAGAAGAAGAAGGCUCUCACCAACAUGACCCAGCAGUUCAGUGCUGGACACAAGAGUGACAACAGAAAAGGAGGCAAGAAACAAACUGAGAGGGAAAAGAAGAAGAAGAUCCUGGCUGACCGCAGGAAGCCUCUUAGCAUUGACCACAUGAGUGAGGACAAACUGAAGGAGAAGGCCAACGAGAUGUGGCAGUGGCUGAUGGGGCUGGAGGCUGAGAAGUUUGAUCUCAGUGAGAAACUCAGAAGACAGAAGUAUGAUAUUAACCAACUUCUUGCUCGAGUCCAGGAUCACCAGAGUGCCAAAGGCCGCGGCAAGGGCAAGAUGGCUGCCCGUCUGAGGUAAAGGAGCAACCAGACAAGGAAAGAAGCAAAGCAUGACACCAGUGAUUGGCCUAUUGGUCUAUUACAUGUGUAUUCAUUGUUCUGUUGUGUUAGGUUACAUGUCAAUUACCAUGAUUGCAAAAUAAUAAAGAAGUCAUUACAUUCACUUUGCUGUGUGCUUGCGAACUG